AAUGGUUCUAUUUUGCUGUUGUUGCAAAACUUUCUUACUCAUUGUUUUACGUUGUCGAUUGACUCCCACCGAUCGCUUGUGUCCCAGAUAUAGUAUCGUGUGCUCGUGUGUGUCCUGUACUAGGAGAUUAAGAGAUUAAAACACAUCGCAAUAUCUCAGAUGACAAUUGAGUGGUGGACACUAUUCUAAAGGACGAUGGUUGAUUCGCAUGACCCCGAGUCUGCAGAAUCCUGCAGCUUGACGGAGGAUGAUGUGGAGCCGAAGCUUAAAUAUGUUCGCCUAUCGAACGACAUCAAGAACAUUCUCAGCGAGGAAGCGAUCAGUUGCAUUGCGGUACACCCGAGGUUUCUCUGCCUCGGCACGCACUGGGGUCGCAUACACAUGCUAGACCACCAGGGAAACUGUGUGCAUACGGUUAUCAACGGUAAGGAAAACACGCACAUUCUUUCGGUCAACAAAAUCUCGGUGGACAGCCGGGGUGAGCAGAUAGCGACCUGUUCCGAUGAUGGGAAAGUGAUUAUAAGCGGUUUGUACACGGACGAAAACAAUCAGGUGCUUUCGACGGGGAAAAUCAUCAAAGCGGUCGAACUGGAUCCGAAUCACAAUCGUUCCGGUUCGGGUCGAAGAUUUAUAAUAGGAGAUAACAAAUUGGUACUGUACGAGAAAACGUUCCUGAAGGGCUUAAAGUCGACCAUUCUUAGCGAUUCCGAGGGUCAGGUGACGGCGAUCAAAUGGAACGGACAGUUUGUGGCGUGGGCCAGCUCGCUCGGCAUUCACGUGUACGAUCUGAACGAGAAGUGCUCACUAGGCUUCAUUCAAUGGGAGGAACCAAAGGACGGAAAAUUAACCGAUUACCGGUGUAACCUAAACUGGUCCAACGCAACCACGCUACUGAUCGGAUGGGUUGACACGGUGCGAAUAUGUGUGAUACGAAAACGGAACGCGGUCGAAGUGUCCACCCGAAAUCUUCCCGUGCACAUAGUCGAUCCGAUGUCCACCUUCCAGACGGAUUUCUUCAUCUGUGGUAUUGCACCGCUGGAAACGAAUCAGCUAGUCGUGUUAGGGUAUUCGAAGGAGCGCGAUUCCGAAACGAACAAAGCGCUGCGGCCUAUUCUGUGCGUGUUGCAGUACAAUGCGAGUGAUUACAUCGAAAUCUGCACCGACAGUUUAUCGAUGCGAGGGUACGAGGAGUACAAGUGUGACGACUAUCAUCUGGACUGUUUGAUCGAUGAAAACCAGUAUUUUAUCGUUUCGCCCAAGGACGUGGUGGUGGCCAAUCUGUAUGAAACUGACGAUCGCGUCCAGUGGCUCAUAGAGCACGGCAAAUUCGAACAAGCGAUGGAUGUAAUAUCGGCGCACGGUGGCAAAUACUCGCUCAUAACCGUCGCCAGGCUCUACCUGGACCACCUGCUCUCCCUGCAGCAGUUCGACGAAGCGGCCCGGCUCUGCCAGCGUGUGUUCGGCACCGACAAGCAGCUCUGGGAGGAGGAGGUGUACAAAUUUGUGAAGGUAAAGCAGCUGCGCUCCGUCAGCAGCUACAUUCCGAUAACGGACGCAUGCAAACUGAACCCACACGUGUACGAGAUGGUGCUGUACGAGUAUCUGCAGCUCGAUCCGAAUGGGUUUCUGCAGCUGGUGAAAGAAUGGCCCCCGCGUCUGUACAACACGAAAGCGGUAAUAAACGCGGUGAACGAUCAUUUCAACAAGAAGGAUGCCAACAUACUGCUGGAAGCGCUAGCGAUACUGUACACGCACGAGAAAGAGUUUGACCGUGCGCUGACCAUGUAUUUGAAACUGCAGCACAAAGAUGUGUUUGAGCUGAUCACCACCUACAACCUGUACGGCAUGGUGAAAGAUUGCAUCGUGCAGCUGAUCGAGCUGGACAGUGAGCGUGCGAUCGCGAUGCUGCUGAACGAUAAAAUCCCAGCCGAGGAUGUUGUGCGUGAGCUGGAGCAGUGCGAACAGUACCUCUACCGGUACCUCGACGCGUACGAUAAGGUGAAAAGCAAUGAAAAGUUCCACUGGCGGUUGGUGAAUCUGUACGCACGGUACGAGCCGGAAAAGUUGCUCUCCUUCCUGAAGCGCUCCAACAGCUACCCGAUCCAGGAAGCGUACGAUAUUUGCCAGGGGUUGCGAUUCUACCCCGAGAUGGUGUAUCUGCUGGACAAGAUGGGUAGCACGCGGGAAGCGCUCACGAUCAUCAUGCACAACCUGCAGGACGUGCAGAUGGCGAUCGAUUUCUGCAAAGAGCAUGACGAUAUGGACCUGUGGAACGAUUUGAUAAACGAAUCGGUCGAUAAACCACACGUCAUGACGAAGCUGCUGAACGGCAUUGCGGGGUUCAUCAAUCCCGAGCUGCUGGUGGACAAAAUCAAGCCGGGCCAGGAUAUCGAGGGACUGAAGGAGUCGGUCAUAAAGAUGCUGUGCGGGUACAGUUUGCAGGUGUCGAUACAGGAGGGCUGCAAUCAGAUACUGGGCGCGGACUAUUUUGACAUGCACGAACGGUUGGUGCGUGUGCAGCAGGGUGCACUGAACGUUACGACCGACCAUGUGUGUGGCGUGUGCCGGCGGGAUCUUAUCGUGAAAGAGAGCAUGAAAACGGAUAUCGUAAUGUUCAACUGUAGACACUACUUCCACGAACCGUGCCUGCUGGACAGCUACAACCUGGAGAGCUGCAUAGUUUGUCACUCCAAACAGUUGGGCAGCUCGGGAGCGUUUUCGUCUUCCGGCCCUUCCUUCCGUUACCUUGUGGACUCGGUUUUGUUCAACCCCCAAAAGAUGGCCAAUCCUUCCGCUCAAAACAUGACCCAGCAAGGCCCAGCGUUCGACUCGAACUGCAUGACGCUCACGCGUUUCGUGCUGCAGGAGCAGAAAAAGUACAAACAUGCUACCGGCGAUCUGUCCCAGCUGCUGAACUGCAUCCAGACAGCGAUCAAGGCGAUCAGUUCCGCCGUACGGAAGGCAGGCAUUGCGAAGCUACAAGGAAUCUCCGGCGAUACGAAUGUGCAGGGCGAACAGGUGAAAAAGCUGGACGUGCUUUCGAACGAAAUUUUCAUCAAUAUGCUCCGAUCUUCGUACGCCACCUGUUUGCUGGUGUCGGAGGAGAACGAUAAUGUGAUCGAGAUCGAGACGGACAAGCGCGGCAAGUAUGUCGUUUCGUUCGAUCCGCUCGAUGGUUCCUCCAACAUCGAUUGUCUGGUGUCGAUCGGUUCCAUUUUUGCCAUUACCAAACAAGCGAACGAAAGUACGGACCCCUCGGUACAGGAUGCACUCCAGCCGGGCAAUAAGAUUGUGGCCGCCGGUUACGCACUGUACGGAUCGGCCACGAUGAUUGUGAUCAGCCUCGGUAACGGUGUGCACGGUUUCAUGUACGAUCCAUCGAUCGGCGAGUUCGUGCUGACCGAUUACAAUAUGCGCAUUCCCGAGCGGGGCAACAUUUACUCGAUCAACGAAGGUUACGCGUCGACCUGGGAUGAGUCGGUGUUGAACUACGUGAAGGACAAGAAGGAUCCGGCCAAGGGCAAACCGUACGGUGCUCGGUACGUGGGCAGCAUGGUGGCGGAUGUGCAUCGAACGAUCAAGUACGGUGGUAUCUUCAUCUAUCCGGCAACGGCUGCAGCGAAGAAUGGUAAACUGCGCCUGCUGUACGAGUGCAAUCCGAUGGCGUACCUGGUCACGCAGGCCGGUGGCAAAGCGUACGCUGGCAAGGGUAAGGCGAUUCUGGACGUUGUGCCCACGUCCAUCCAUCAGCGAUCACCGAUCUACCUUGGUUCGGCGCUCGAUGUGGAGGAAGCGAUCAGCUACAUCAAGUAGGCUUUGUCUCCCCCGGCUGCUUCGGUUUCUCAUUGUGCGUGGGUUUGUUCGUUGUCGGUUUUUUUUUUUGUAAUAAAAUUCCUCCACCAGUAUCGGAACGGUAGUGGUCUGUGAUA